AUGCCGAUAGCCAUAGUCUGGGCUUGCAUGCUAGUUCUACAAAUAAUAAUCUUGGUAAUCAUCAAUAAAGGCGGGGACACAGCUACGUUACCCCCGUCCUCUACAGCAGUUUCUUCUCCCGCAGUUCAGCCAUCUUCUCGUAAAGAUUCUGACAACUCGGAAGAUGAAGAUGAGUUUGUUGAUGUCCUAGAGGAACUGCCAUUACCAGAAAAUGAAGGUGGCGAGCAGCCAGUUUCUAUAGUUCUUGGGAAACGCACUAGGAAACCUGAUGACUCGGAUGUUUCCGAUAUUUUGAAAAAGCGAGUCGAUCGAAAUCCGUCUUCAGAUGGGAGUGUAGUUGAGGAUGAUUUUGUCCCCUCUUCUCUGCCUCUCCCUCCUAGUCCUUUGGCUCGCGUUUCCUCCCCCAAUUCGUUUUCGUCUCGUAGUGACGAAGUUGAUCCCAUAUCCAUGGAGCAUGAUGCAAAUGGUGUUGCAAUUCCACUUGAAAGAACUACAUCUGUGCAGAGGAAGGUUCGUACCCGCAAAUCGCAAAGGCCUUCUAAAGUGGAUGAUUCUUCACCUCUUCCCUCCGCUCCUCCUGCGGAUGACUCUGUGUCUAUUGCUUCCGAAAUCCUUGGUAAGCCCUCCAUCGAAGCUUAUGAAGGCGGAGAUGAGGAGGAUGGUGGUAAUGAUAAUAUGGAACCGUCUAUGGCCAAAGAUAACGAAUACCCUAACAUACCUGAAAAUGGAUCAGAAUUUAGCACGGCUCAGGAAAAUGAUACUCGGACUACUCCCUCAACUCAAAUUCCACCGAACCUUCCCAGGAAGGAAAAUCUUGAUUCGGAAUCUCCAUCUCCGAUUGAUCCCGUAACCUUUGCGGUUCCGGUAACGAAAAGGAUUGGCAAUCCUUCUUUUUAA